CACAAUUUCUGUCGCUCUUAUUCAGUACACACCGUUGUCGCUGCCUGGGCAGAUCAACUUAUCGCUGAAUCUGAUCUGCCAAAGUCGUGAGAUUCGCGAGAGUCAUUUUUUUACUUCUGCGGUUGGACAGUGCUUACUAUGAUGUAUUCGAAACUACUGUGUGGCAAGGGUUUUUUAUUCACCCUGUUUAUCAUGGCGGGUGUUCUUGUUACAGGAAUAUCGGCAUAUAGAGAUGCAUCUUGUCCUAGGAUAUGUAAAGAAAAUGCGUAUGGGGACCCAGUAUGUGGAAGUGAUGGAGUAAUAUAUCCAAAUAUAUGUGAACUAAAGAAAAAAACUUGUGGAAAGGGUAUAACGUUGUCAUCUGAUCCCAACCUCUGCAAGCGGUCCAGCGGAUCUAAGUGCGAACACAAAUGUGGUGGAGACAAAGAUCUUGUAUGUGGAACUGAUGGUCGAACGUAUAUUAACCGAUGUAUGCUUCACGUUGAAGUUUGCAGGCUGGGAAUAGAACUCUCACAUCUGGGUCCAUGUAACAACAUAAGCGCACAUAGAGAAAAUUGCCCUGUCGAUUGCAAACAAGCUCCUUUGGAUGGACCAAUUUGCGGUAGUGAUGGAAACGUUUAUAAGAGUACUUGUCAGAUGAAGAUUUUAACUUGUGGGCAAGGCGUCGUAAGAACGAAUAAGAAGUAUUGUCAAACAACCCGUCACUGUCGAGAAUCCUGCUGGAGAAAUGCUAAACCUGCUUGUGGAUCUGAUGGAAAAAUAUACGCCAACGUAUGCAGAAUGAAAUCCAAAAAUUGUGGAAAGCAUGUAUUUGAAGUACCUAUGGCGUAUUGCGCAAGUCAAGAGAGAACUGCGCAUAGCAUUGCUUGUCCCACUGGAUGUAAGAACGAAAUUGAAAAACCAACUUGUGGCUCUGAUGGUUAUGUUUACCGAAGCGAAUGCGAACUAAAAUUACUUAACUGUGGGAAUAACAGAAAAGUAGUAAAAGUUGAUUAUGAAAAAUGCCGAGCAAAAGUAUCCAAAUGCAUCAAAAUUAAAUGUUCGAAUGAUGUUGAUCCAGUCUGCGGUACCGAUGCAAGGAUGUACACGAAUCAAUGUCAAUUAAAUUUGGCAACGUGUUUGAAAGGAGUUCAGUUUGCGCACAUAGGAAAUUGUACACAGCUCAAAGAAGAGGAUCCAUGUCCAAUGAGCUGUAGUGAAGAAGUUGAUGAAGAACCUAUUUGUGGAUCUGAUGGAAAUGUAUACAAAUCACUUUGUCACCUAAAAAAAGAAACUUGUGGACAAUUAGUAAUCCAAGUACCAUCACAUCAUUGCCGAACUACAGCAGCUUGUAAUGAACAAUGUGGCGAUGAUAAAAAUUUCGUUUGUGGAUCAGACAAUAAACUCUAUAAAAACGAAUGUGAAAUGAGACGAAACAAUUGCGGGAAACACAUAUACGUAGUUCCCAUGAAACGCUGCAUCGCCGGAUUCCAAUUCAAAGGAUGUCAAAAGAUUUGCCCAACAUACUACGACCCUGUAUGUGGUACAGACAACAUGACAUACAGCAACACAUGUUUCUUGGAUAUUGAAAACUGUCGAUCAAGGUCUCUGGUAACUAUGAAGAACAUGGGAACUUGCGCCGAACCUUUAAACGAAAUACCUAAAAAUUAUCUCUAUUAAUACUAUGCAUUUGCGAAAAAUGAAUAAGUUGUAUUCACUAUUUUUUGUGAAAUCAAACCGUGACGAUGUUAUUUUUGUAAUGUUAUAAAAGCAAUUUUGAAUGACGAAGUGAACUACAUUUUUGUCUUCUUUAUACUUUUGGUUAUGUGACCAAUCAUAUUACAUACAGCUACCAGAACGAACCAUGGCCCAUGAGAAACGCUGUCGUCGGUCGUACGCCCACCUAAUCCCUACACAGAGUUUUUCUCAUCGGCCAUGUUUCGCCGCGGAAGCUGUACACAUAAUAAUUUACCAUUGGUUAGAGACAUUGACAAUGUAUAAUUUCACAAAGCUCUGUCCAAUACAAGAUGACAUUUAUUGCAAUUGUCAAAACAUAGAGAGAGCUUUGUGAGAGCAUAAAUAUUUAUGUUGCUUCUUUAUUUCACUUGCGUAUCUGCCAAUACCAUUAAAAAUAUAAAGAUAAACCACUACAAUUUAUUUAUUUUAAGUAGUAUAUUGUUCCCAGUACAUAAAUCUCAGAAACAAUAUUUAAAAAUAUAUAUAAUAUAUUUUUUCUAAUAUAUAUUAGCCGAAACUAUUUUUAUCUAUUGCUAUUAACAUUUCAAAUCUUCACAUUCUUGUCAAUUCAUCAUACGGUCUAUAUGCCUUAUAUAUUUUUAUCUUCCACAAUCAAUUUACAAGAGGUUACCACAUGUUAUUCUUGUAUUCUAAUAUUUAUAUCUUAUAUGCUCUACAACAGAACCUACCAUCUACUAUUCCUAAUUUCUUGGGUCUAUUACUUUAUUUUGUACUCCUCUAUUUAUUUAUAUAUAUUUAUGUAUAUAUAAAGUAUAUAUUUUAAAUGAUUAUCAGUAAAAUUUCUGAGAAUAUAUUAUUAAUAAUAAAUUGUUUUAGGAUUAUCUAUGAUGAAAUUGUUCUUGUAGAAUACUGAAUUCUUUUAAAUAUAAGUAGUACAACAUACAAAUUUAUGUUAUGUUUUGAAAUCAACAGACGAUUGAUUUAAAUCUUAGAUUAGAUUUGUGUUUUUUGACAAUGUGUGGCAUUUAAGGGUAAAGGUCUAAAAAUACUGGUUAUCCAGUGGCAAAAAUAAGAGAAAAUGUGGUUAAAUAAAUGUUAUAAGAAUAUACUACACCAUAGAAUGUAUUACACGCUCUUAAAACAGUUUAAUUGGAUACAUACAUAUUUUGAAACAUUUUUUUUUAACAUUUAUUACUUGUGUUUAAGAGUAUUGUAUCUCUUUAUUAAUGGUAAGCAAACUGUUUUCAAUAUCCUAUAAAUCCAUGAAAUCUACAAGAAAAGACAUUUAAAGCAUUCGAGAAACACAAUACAAUGUUGGUCAAAUGCAACUGAUAUGGCGCCUUUAUCAUCUAAGAAAUGUACUUACCAAAACCACGUCAAAUGGUUUACAGAUGAGAGGCGCCAAAAAGAAAGUGAAUAAAUUUUUUAAUCAUUUUUUUUUAAUCCAGUCAAAUAUCAAUAAAUUAUGCAACUUCAUAAUAUUUAUCCGAAAACUAUUUUGGAGACAAAACAUGUUGAGUGAGACCGUAUUUGGAUUAUAUCUUUCAAUAAAAUGUACGCAUCAUAAAUAUUUGAUACUACAAACAAUAUAUAAAUAUCGUACUGUGGGAAGUCAAUAAAGUCAGUAUGGCCAAAAUUAUAGAGGACAUACAAUCCCAGAAUGGCUUCGAAACCUUCGUCAAUGCUUAUCAGCAGAUGAUUUGUUACAUGACGCGCAAGAUUGAGAACAAUAUCGGCAAAUUGUCAUGGAAACUAUCCAAGCCUAAAAUUUGGGAACGGUACUCAAAGAAGACACAACCUCCUGUUUAAAGUGGAUAAAGUCCAUGGAAGUAGACCGAUAUACCGACAAUAUAAUAAUACCUAAAAUACGUUUAGCCGACUUUCAUUUUAUCAAAUCAAGGAAUGCAGAUAACAUUGAGAAGACAAGAUCAUAGUUCUUAAUAUUAAAUUUAUUUAAUACCUUUAUUAUGAAACAUGAACUUUUAUGUGAUAAAUGAAUAACUACACAGGUCAACAAAAAAAUUUUGGUUGAAAACAUUUUGACUGAGCUAGCUGAUUUUUAUCUGCCGAAAGAAAAGCUGGUCUUUUUCUGCGAAGAUUCGCUUAUAGAGCCUCUCGGUGAAGUGGCCAACAAUAGUCCGCCAUCAUGUUAAUGUUCCAGCGGCCCUGGUAGCAUUUUUCCAUCAAUUUAAUAUCCUGGUGAAAACACUCCUCCUGCUCCACAUUAACGUCUCCCAAAUUUUCAAAAGUGAGCUAAUUUUUUAAAAUUUUUUAACAUGUUAGUUACAGUAAUACCAUAUCCUAUGUUUUUUUGCAUCUCUCUCUUUUGUAACAACUUGCUUGAAUGAUACCCAUGCUUAUUCCUCAGUUAUGGUCAUUGUGGUUUCAAAGUUAACGUCAACAUCAUUUUUCGAAUGACGGGUCCUACAAAGACGCCUUCGUCUAGUUUGGCUUUUGAAAGGUUUGGGAACUUUCGGCAGAGAUACUUGAAACACGGUCCAUCUUUAGGCAAUAUCUUUACAAACUGUUUCAUGAGGCCUAACUUUAUAUGUAGAGGUGGUAGGAGAAUGUUUAGGAUCUACAAAGUUUUUGCGGAGAAUGCUUAUCUCGCCGGGUUUUAAAGACUCCCUCACAGAUCAGUUUUUUCUGCAUUUCUGCACAAUGCUGAUCCCUCGCUCUACUGUCCCAUUCACACAAGAAAAAUGGAAAUUUGGUAAAACCACCUUGCUGACCAAGAAGCAUAUACGUUACUUUUAAAUCGCCAUGUAUCAUCCAACCAUGAGCAGAACCUCUAUUCAUAACCUAUUCUAUGCGGGGCCCAAAAUUUAUCCUGAUCAUCAAGUUUGGCUCCAAAAUAUGAGGAAUAAACCUGUUUCACAAAGUCUGUAAUGUUUCUUUGGUAUAUUUUAAUAACAAACUCACCACAAAUAUAACAAAAACUGUCAACAGAGUUCUUACAACCACGAUUAGACAUCUUACCGAACACUUGUACUGGAAACCAGAAAGUGAGGUUAGGUAAAACAAAACAUCAACUGUGAAUAGAUGGUAGUAUAUUAUGUAUUUCAGUAGUAUUUCCAACUCUUCUACAUCUUAAAGAAAAUUUGAAAGAUUAUUUUCUAAUCUGGUUAAAGAAGUGGAAUAAGGUAUUACGAGACACUCAGAAAGGGCUACAGUUACCAGCAAGUCUUACUAUCAGAUUAGUUUUUACAAAACUGGGUAAAAUAAUAGUUCAACUUCAAAAUAAAGAUACUUAUAUAAGUAAAUAUAAUAAGUAAAUAUAAGUAAAUAAUAAACGCGCUUUAUGUUUUAACUCACUAUGUUUUAACUCAUUAUGAUUCAACUGAUUACCUAUUAUAAACAAAUCUUAAUGACUAUUAAAGCAAAUUAUUUGAAUUUUUUAUUAAACGGGAUGGGUGGAUAUUGGAGACAGUUUAUUAGAUACAUAGUAUGUUUCCUCUUGCCUUUUCUGUUUGGCGCUUUUGUCCUACUCGACUUACAUUUUUUCAAUGACAAUGCUUAUUUUUCCCAAAGUAUUUAUUAUUCCUUCUUUUGUGCCAAGUUAAUUUCUAUUAUAGAUUUUAUAAAUAAUUUUAUAUUUAUCUAGCUUAAGUUAUUCGUAUUUAUUCUAGGUGUAAUAAUUUAUAUAUGCAGACAUGUUGCAAAAUUGCCGAACAUUAUCAAAUGAGCUGUGUUCUUGUCUUAGGUAUUAUUUUGAAUACUGUAGUUGACAAAUAAAGUAACAUAUGAUUUA